AUGGCAGCUGCUUCCACAGAUGAGAAUAAUCAGCCCAAACCAUCCACCAUUUUGGCCAUGGAAAUGCCAAGUGCUGUAGUCUUUCCUAUGGUUUUCAAAGCUGCUAUGGAGUUAGAUCUGCUAGAGAUAAUAGCUAGAGAUGGUCCAGAUGCUCAGCUUUCCCCUUCAAUGAUUGCAUCUCAGCUCCAAACACAGAACCCAGAUGCCCCUGAGAUGGUUGAUCGCAUCAUGAGGCUUCUAGCCAGCUACUCCAUGCUCACUUGCUCUCUUGUUACCCAUGAAGACGGCCGUGUUGAAAGGCUCUAUGGCUUGGCACCAGUCUCUACUCAUUUUCUUGCAAAUAAUGAUGCACCAUUUGCUGGCCUCUUGAAGGCCUUAAAUCACAAGGUCUUCCUUCAGAGCUGGCACCACUUGAAAGAUGCAGUAUUGGAAGGAGGGACUCCAUUUGUCAAGGCGAAUGGCAUCUCUGUGUAUGACUAUGCUGCUACAGACCCAAAUUUCAAUGAGUCAUUCAAUACAGCAAUGCUAAAGGGAACCAUGAAAACCAUGAAUGUAAUCCUUGAGAAAUACAAAGGUCUUGAGAAUGCAAAAGUAGUGGUUGAUGUGGGUGGUGGGAUUGGAGCUGCACUUGAGUUAAUCACUUCCAAGUACCCUAAAAUUAAGGGCAUUAACUUUGAUUUGCCUCAUGUGGUACACAAUGCACCAACUUAUCCUGGUGUGGAGCAUGUAGGUGGAGAUAUGUUUGUUAGUGUUCCAGCCGGAGAUAUCAUUCUUCUAAAGGCUGUACUUCACAAUUGGGGUGAUGAUGAUUGCUUGAAGAUACUGAAAAAUUGCUAUGAAGCAUUACCAGAGCAUGGAAAAGUGGUUGUGAUUGAUAGGGUUCUUCCAAUAGCUCCUGAGACCACUGUUGAUGCAAAAGCCUGUUUCCGAUUAGACUUGAUUAUGUUGGCUCAACACGCUGGAGGAAAAGAAAGGACAGAGAGAGAGUUUGAAAUGUUGUCAAAGGGAGCUGGAUUUAUUGGUUUCAAAUUAAUUGCUUGUGUUAACCAUUGGGUCAUGGAAUUCUAUAAAACUCACAUUCACAUAGGUUUUUAUUUGCCGAACACAUCUAUCAUGGACAUGAGGAAGAUCGCCUGCGUCGUCAUCGUCGCCGCUGCCUCCAUGAGUGCAGUCAUGGCUCAUCAUGACGAGUCACCGGCACCUGCACCUGCACCGACCAAUGCCGCAACAGUGGGAUUGCCCCUUGUUGGAACCAUGGUCGGGGCUUCAGUCCUUUCUUUCCUUACCUUCUACUUGCAGUAA